GUCUUACUGCAGUGCUAUGCUGUAGCUUGAAUCCGACUAGAGUCUGCCGGAAGCGAAGUCAAGUGUUGACUACAGGCAAAAUAAAUGGACACCGAACGACCGCGCGCAGGAGGCUUCGCGCUAUGGAGGAUGAUGCCAAAGCUGGGGGGAUUCGGCGCUAGCUGCAAGGCACCCCAAGCUCACCUUGGCGAGCAAAAUACGAUGUACUUCAACACGGAGCUUGGGCGAUGGGUGGAGCGCGGCAAAGAGAGCGAGGCCCAGAACGGCGAGCGGCUCGCGCCACCACCGAUGGUACAGAGCUGCCCUCAAGCACGGCCUGCUUCACGGCGGUCUCUAACGCAGCGGUACGUCCUGCAAAACAACCUCAGUGUGGCGCCCACUGCCGACUCGAGCUCGCUCCUUCCCUGCCCACUGGCACCAGUGGCGUCGUCGUGCUCAAUUUUCGAGCCUCCCACGCUGCCAAGCCGGUUGCUGCUGCCCGCCGGGGCAGUACAGGAACAGGAGCUUCCUUCUUCCGGGCCACCCAGCUCAGGCUCCGACUGUAGCCCCUUCUUCGGAAGCCGCUCCACCACCCGCAGCAGCAGCAGCAGCUCCCUUGCCGGACCCGACAGCAGGACCAACAGCUACGACGGCGCGCAUUCGGUGAACGGCCUGGCAGACGGCCUGGCGGGCUCCUUCGACUUACUGCGUAGCACCUAUGGCCCGAUGGAGGAGGACGACUCGCCUCGUGAGCAGGUGCCAAUCAACUUCGCGGCAGUGGGCCAUGCGCCCGUGCACCCCACGCACGAACCGCGUGUGGAGGUGUGCCCACCUCCGCAAGUGCCGUGCGGCGGACAGACACCUAACAUGCAGUGCGACACGGCACCCUCUACACCAAAUGGCGAGCAGGCUGUGGAGCCGACGGCUACGGAGCGUGGCGCCACCGACCAUGGCCUAGCUGACGUGGACGGCGGCAGCGACGCGGCUUCGCUCAACCGCAUCCUGUCUCUUUCGCUCUCCUUCGCUGAGUCGGAAGGCUCGGCGCCAAGCUCACCCUCUGGUGCUGUGCCAGGCACAGCGCCUGAGUCGCCUAAGGUCAUCAGGUCACACGCCAUCAGCUGCUCCGAGGACACCUCGCCGUACCGUGGGCAAAGCUUCACCUUUGCAUGUGCCGUACCCAGCAACUUCACAUUCGAUGUGCCCGCCGCGGCAGUCGAAUCGGCCCAGCUGCCUGCGCCGUCACUGGUGCUCUCGCCGGCACCCCACUUCCAACAGCAGGCUGCCCAGCCGCAGCACCCCCAGCAGCUGGAGCAGCAGGAGCUUCGUCAGCAGCAGGAGCUUCGUCAGCCCCAGCCUGCUUCCGAGCGCCCGGCCGCGCCAGCGCCCCCGUCAAACAACAUCCGGGUGCCGGCCGCGGCCGGAACGGGCUCCGCGGUGGAUGAGGUUCUGCUGAAGCUGAAGCAGCUGCGCGGCGCACUGCUGGAGGCCGCGCCCGCACGCAGCGAGUCCUCGGUAGAUUCGGCCGAUCUCAGCUCGGCCGCUGCACCGCAGCUCAACCAGACCGUGGCAGAAGCGGCCCGCGCGCUGGCUGGGCUCGGCGUUCUGCCGUCACCCUUCGCCGCGGCCUCGGCAGCGGCAGCUGCCCCGACUGGUAGCUCAUCGUGCUGCUCGUCACCGCCUUCCACCGCAGCCCCCAACGGCCCCGUGAAGGUGCUGGCGACGCCCGCCAUUCCGCCGCCGCGCCGCCGCUGUGUCGCCAGCCCAGACGGCCUGUCCGGGUCAGCGCAGCAACCGGCGCAGGGACAUCAGCAUAUGCCAGCCCGGUAUGUGCCGCUGGUCCUGCUCGAGCAGGAGCAGGCGGAGCGGGCGGCCCUCGCCACGCAGCUCGAGCAUGAGCGGGCGGAGCGGGCGGCCCUCGCAACGCAGCUCGAGCAUGAGCGGGCGGAGCGGGCGGCCCUCGCCACGCAGCUCGAGCAUGAGCGGGCGGAGCGGGCGGCCCUCGCCACGCAGCUCGAGCAGGAGCGGGCGGAGCGGGCGGCCCUCGCCACGCAGCUCGAGCAGGAGCAGGCGGAGCGGGCGGCCCUCGCCACACAGCUCGAGCAGGAGCGGGCGGAGCGGGCGGCCAUGGAGGAACAGCUGCAGACAGUGCGCGCAGAGCGGGAGGCCCUGAGGCUGGGGCUGAAGCAGGAGGCCAACCAGCGGUCGAUGCUGGCGUCACAGCUGGGCAAGGAGGCGGCGGAGCGCGCCAGCCUGGCACUGCAGCUCGAGCAGGAGCGGGCGAUGUUUGCUGCGCGGCUGCAAGAGGAGCGGGCGCAGCGCUCUGCGCACGACAAUGAGCUGGAGCUCCUUCGCGAACAGUGCGGGCGUGUGUCUCAGGCGGCGGCAGCGCCCCUGCAGGCGUGUGAGAGCAUGGCUGCCGCUGCCAGCCACGCCGAGGAGCAGCAGCGGCAGGACAUGGAGGGCAGCGGCGAGGAUGAGGAGGACGAGCGGGACAUGCUCAUGCUGUGCCUUGGUGAGCAGAGCCGCAAGGUGGAGGUCCUGGUGGCCGCGCUGAUGGCAGCGGGCGUGGAUCCGGCGCCGUUGCUGGUGUCCGUGGAGGAGGCAGCGACCGCGCCAUAGUGAAAUAAGUGCCUGAGGGGCUGGCCAGCUAGGCCAAAUGUUUGCAGCGACAUGGAAGCGGCAGGUGUGCUUGGGCAGGGAGGCGGCAGGGUUUUGCAGGGCAGCAGGUAAAAAUUUACAAGCGUACGUUACAGUGUGUGUUGACCGCGUGUUGCGUGGCAAUGGUGCAGCGUUUGACCCGGAUUGCCUUUGAUUGUGCUUGGACUUGACUGAUUCGGACAUCCGCGCUUUUUGCGGACACUAUACUGACUGGGACUAACUCGAGUAGCCUUACUGAUAUACACUAGCGUUAGCCUGGAUACACAUCACAUGACAACUACAGGGUAGACAAACUUGUGGUCAGGCAACCUUGUGAGUAGGCCAAAUUGGUCGUCCAAGGCGCGCAGCUCAUGUCAAACAACCCUGCUGAUGGACUACUCAAGGCUUGGAGCGUUGUAGUUACCGCACUUGACGUGUAGUAGCAGGACCGAGCAUAUCAAAUGAUGCUGGAGUGAACGACUGCGCGGAUUCCUUGUUAUGUGUUUAAUGAGUGGGUUCUGACCACGAGUAUGGGACACGGGCUGGAGCGGAGUACAGGCAUCGUGUGUCCUCACGUGUGACGAAAUAGCAAGCGGACUAAGAAGGAAGGGCAAACCUUAGUGUUGCCAGCGUAGUUUGCGGUAUGUACAGUGGCAAAUGUGUAUACUUUGACGAGUGCGGGUCUUACAAAGAAAGGGCGUUCUAACCGUUUCGCGCUUGAAUGUGUUUCGAAGGGAAUGUGUGUGCGUGUGCGUGGUAUGUGUGGUACGGUAUGUGUGGGUACCAUUAGUGGGUUUGUGUGUGUGGCGAGGAGUGGACAAGUGCCAGCGGCCAUGACAAGAAGCAUAGGAAAGGAAUGGUUUGGGCGGUAGGUGACGUGCAGACGGUGGCACAUUACCGAGCUGGGCCGACCCCCUGCUGCAAGCACGCAGUAUGGAAGUACGGUACGGAUGUUGCUGCGUACGGCGGCAAUCUGACUGUCAUGCAAUAAGUCUUUGGCGCAGGGCUUCUAGGAAUGCUGCGAUGCCGGGGGUUGCUGAGCUGCAACGUUCAGAUAGCUGAGGUUGGCGGCGGAGCUGUGGGCAGAUGUAGAGCAAGAAGCCUUUGCCAUGCAGCGUACCAGUUGGGUGGGAGUGUGGGACUGUUACAGAUCGUUGCAGUUCUGUACAGGACUCUCAAUCGCAGUCCCGGCAUUGAUUCAAUGGUUGCACUUGAAAUCCGCCGAAUGGA